GAACCACCACCGCCACCCCUGCCCGCCGCGCGCGCCAUGGCCGCCGAGAACAGUGCGCGCCCCGUCGCCGACGGCUUCCUCCGCUUCCUCAUCCCGGCGCCCAAGCCGCGGCGCCCGGCCGCGCCCGCCGCUGCCGCGCGCCUCGAGCCGCCGCACCGCCUCGUCGCGCCGCCGCCCGCGGUCCCCGUGCUGCGCCCCGAGGAGCGCCUCCACAUCGUGCCGCCCACGCGGCCGGCCUGGCUCCCCCCGCCGGCGCCGCGGAAGCCGUCGCCUCCUUCUCACUCUCCCUCGCCGGGGGACGCGGGGGCGAGGCCGCGGCCGUUCCCGCCGGCGUUCAACGAGCCGAGGACGCGCAAUGCGGGACGCUUCGGUGGACGUGGGAACGGCGCGAGGGGGAGGAGCCCCGGGGUCACCGCCCACAAAGGUGGAGGAGGGCGCUCUGUUCCUCAGAGGUCCAAGCCGGCGGGGGUGGUUCACAAGAAGAAAGCGUGGGUCGCCGUCGAGAAGAAGGGCGAGGAUGCCGGCGACGAGGAUCGGGCGGCGGGGAGCGAAGGCUAUUCCGGUGGGGAUGAGGCGGGCAUUGAGGCUGAGGACCAACUCGAACCGGAGGACGAGCAGUACACCGGUGGUCAUCGCGAGGGUCUCGAUCGGGAAGACGACGCGAAUAAUUCUCUGCACAUGGCUGCUAAUCAGGAGCGUUCUGAUGGCGGCGGCGGCGGCGACGAGCGGAUAAGCGAGCAGCUUGUAUCUCAGUCGAAUCAAGCACCACAAUUGAGUGGCAGAAUGCGCAGAUGGCAGGUGGAGUGCCGCCCCGAAAUUGACACCUUCACGCCUGGCUUGCUCGCGCUCUACGAGUCCCUGAAGCCGUCAGAAGAGCACAAGUCCAAGCAGAAUCAGCUUGUGGACUCCCUGACAAAGUCUGUCAGCAAGGAGUGGCCCGAUGCUCAGCUGCAUCUCUACGGAUCAUGCGCCAAUUCGUUUGGAACAUCCCACAGCGAUGUUGACGUUUGUCUUGAGAUGGAGACUGGCACCGAGAGCACAGCUGAGGCUCUUCUGAAAUUAGCAGAUGUAUUAAGGAGUGAUAACUUCGACAAUGUGGAGGCAAUUACCAGUGCUAGAGUUCCGAUUGUAAGGAUGUCAGAUCCAGCAAGUGGCUUCUCGUGCGACAUAUGCAUCAACAACCUCUUUGCUGUUGCUAACACAAAGCUUCUUAAGGAUUACGCCCAGAUAGAUCAGAGAUUGCUUCAGCUGGCCUUUCUUGUGAAACACUGGGCUAAACUGAGGGGUGUGAAUGAAACUUACCGUGGGACCCUCUCUAGCUAUGCGUAUGUUCUCAUGUGCAUUAACUUCUUGCAGCUACGAGAGCCCAAGAUUCUACCAUGUCUGCAGGCCAUGGAGCAAACAUUUACCAUGAAUGUUGAUGGCACCGAGUGCGCAUAUUUCGACGAAGUUCAUCAUCUCCAAGACUUCGGUGCUGAUAACAAGGAGAGCAUCGCGGAAUUACUCUGGGCGUUCUUCCACUACUGGGCAUUCGACCAUGAUUACAGGCGUGAUGUCAUCUCGGUUCGCAUGGGGAACACGAUCAGCAAGCAGGAGAAGAACUGGACUACUCGUGUCGGCAACGACCGCCAUCUGAUGUGCAUCGAGGACCCGUUCGAGACCGGCCAUGACUUAGGCCGUGUGGUUGACAGGCAGACGCUCAGGAUCCUCAGGGAGGAGUUCGAGCGAGCUGCCGGCGUGCUGCAGUACAACGAUGACCCCUGCGUGACUCUUUUCGAGCCCUAUGACUGAAAAUUAUUCAGCAUGAAACAACUGACAAGUAGCCCUAUGGCAGUUCUAAAAUGAACUGGAGAAAUGAAUUCAGAUUCGGGUAAUGAAUUGUUAAGAUAUCUAGUAAACCAAGUAGUACUGACUGGUCGAAUUUGAAACGUAAAACUUGUGCCGGGUGAAUCUCCGGUGUGAAGUUAAAAAAAAAAGGUACUACCGUAAGAA